UAAACCACGUCUCUCCUUCUUCUUCUCCGUCUCUGUGUUUUCUCGCAGGUUUGGACUUUCGCUGCUUUCCCGAGAAAAAUCACCCCCAGUUUUCGUUUUUUUUUCUUUUCUUUUCAUGAUCCGAUUAUCUGAUCGUGUUUGAUUUCUACUCUGUGUGAAUUUUUUUUCUUUGCCUGGACUUAAAAAAAAAGAAAAAUCGAAAUGCCGAUCUUCUCUUGUUGCAAAAAGGCAAUCUUCUGUUCCUCUCCAGGCGUUGUUGAUAGAGAAUGAAGGACUUGUGUGGGCUUUCUCAAGUGUUUUCCAUAACUUUGCUCUCCCAUUGCCUUUUUUUCUUUUCUUUUGGGUGAUUGAUUGAUUCAUGAAUUCUCUCACUGAUCAAUCAGGCAGCUCUCGUGGAGAUUCCACUCCCCGUAGUCCCUUCUCUCCCUCUACUUCACAUCAUGAUAGGCACAAAUCUCACCGUCCCAAUUCUUCACCAUUGGAUCCAUUAUCCCCUGGAUCAAUGCUCCAUGGAGGGCACAAGUUCCACGAGGCUUUCCAACUGAAACAGGGUCGGUUUGAUCUCCAAGCUGCAAAGAUUUCAGAAAUGAUGAAAUCAAACAACUUAGAUAAUGCUCCCACUCAGUCACUUCUAAGUAUCGUGAAUGGAAUUCUUGAUGAAAGUAUUGAGAAAAAGAGUGGUGAAAUCCCUCAGCGUGUAGUAUGUCUGCUGAAGAAAGUCGUGCUGGAAAUCGAGCGGCGUAUUUCAACUCAAUCUGAGCAUCUAAGAACGCAAAACAGUGUAUUCAAAGCUCGUGAGGAGAAGUAUCAGUCAAGGAUAAAAGUUCUUGAAACCUUAGCUUCAGGAACUAGUGAAGAAAAUGAGAUUGCUACUAGACAACUUCGAAAGAUUAAGACAGAAAAGUCCAAACUGGAAGAAAAGAAGAAAGAUAAAGAAGAAGAUCUUGUUAAGCUAGAGAAAGGAAAUGGUCAACAUAAUCUUGAAAUUUCUACUUUAAGGAGAGAACUGGAGACAACCAAGAAAGCAUAUCAACAACAAUGCUUGCAAAUGGAAAGCCAGACAAAGGUUGCUACUGCAGGUAUCGAGGACAGGGUGAAAGAGCUUGAACAAAUGAGAAAGGAUGCAAGCAUUGCAAAAAUUGCCCUUGAGGAAAGGGUCAAGGAGCUUGAAGAGCUAGGAAAAAAGACAAAUGCUGCUAAAACGACCCUUGAGGAAAAAGUGAAGGAGCUUCAACAAUUUAAAAUAGAGAGUAUGACUGUUACUACAAGCCUUGAAGCAAAAAAUCGAGAGCUUGAACAAUUCAAGAAAGAGACAAUAGCUGUUAAUUCAAGACUUGAAGCAAAAAAUGGAGAGCUUGAACAGUUCAAGAAAGAGACAAUAACUGUUACUACAAGCCUUGAAGCAAAAAAUCGAGAGUUUGAACAAAAUCUUGUCCACUGGAAGAGUAAAGCCAAAGAAAUGGAAGAAAAAACAGAGUUGAAGAAUCGGAGUUGGAGUCAGAAAGAACUUUCGUAUAGAAGCUUUAUCAGUUUCCAGUUCCGUACACUACAAGAUUUGAGGUUAUAUUCUAAGUCCAUCAAACAAGAAAUACUAAAAGUUCAAGAUAAGUAUACAGCAGAAUUUAGUCAGUUAGGGGAGAAAUUGCUUGAACUUGGAGAUGCUGCUGCAAACUAUCACGAGGUCCUAACUGAAAACCAAAAGCUCUUCAAUGAACUUCAGGAGCUAAAAGGAAACAUUAGAGUGUAUUGUCGGGUGAGGCCUUUCUUGCGUGGACAAGGUGCAGCAAAUACUGUGGUGGAACACAUUGGUGACCAUGGGGAGUUGGUAGUUCUCAAUCCAACAAAACCUGGGAAAGAUGGUCUUCGCAAAUUUAGGUUCAAUAAGGUUUACAGUCCAGCCUCUACUCAAGCUGAGGUAUUUUCAGAUAUAAAACCUCUUAUUCGAUCAGUUCUCGAUGGGUACAAUGUUUGUAUCUUUGCGUAUGGUCAGACAGGAUCAGGGAAAACUUACACAAUGACUGGUCCUGAUGGAGCAAGCGAAGAAGAGUGGGGAGUAAAUUAUCGUGCUCUCAAUGACCUCUUUAAAAUCUCUCAAUCCAGGAAAAGCAACAUAGCAUAUGAAGUCGGGGUGCAGAUGGUGGAGAUAUACAAUGAACAAGUGCGCGAUUUACUCUCUGGUGAAACUUCUCAAAAGAAACUAGGGAUUCUUUCUACAACUCAACAAAACGGUCUUGCUGUACCUGAUGCAAGCAUGUAUCCUGUGACAUCCACCUCGGAUGUUCUUGAAUUAAUGAACAUUGGGCUAGAUAACCGAACCGUUAGCUCCACUGCCUUGAACGAAAGAAGUAGCCGCUCUCACAGUAUUGUCACUGUUCAUGUACGUGGCAAGGACUUGAAGACCGGUUCUGCCUUGUUUGGAAAUCUACAUUUGGUAGAUCUGGCGGGUAGUGAGAGAGUUGAUCGCUCUAAAGUUACAGGAGACAAGCUCAGAGAAGCACAACAUAUAAACAAGUCACUCUCAGCUCUUGGAGAUGUGAUAUUCUCGCUUGCUUCAAAGAGUUCUCAUGUACCAUACAGGAACAGCAAACUAACUCAGCUUCUCCAGAGCUCUCUAGGUGGGAGAGCAAAGACACUGAUGUUCGUGCAGCUCAAUCCUGACGUUACGUCAUAUUCAGAGUCAAUGAGCACUUUGAAAUUCGCAGAGCGUGUCGCUGGAGUUGAGUUAGGUGCUGCAAAAAGCAGCAAAGAUGGUAGAGACGUUAGAGACUUAAUGGAGCAGUUAGGGUCCCUUAAGGACACAAUAGCAAGAAAAGACGAUGAGAUAGAGCGGCUUCAUUUGCUUAAGGACAUUAAUUACCCACAGAGAAAGAGCUUAGGACAAUCCGAUGACUUUAACUCAGAAGCUGGAGAUUCGCAGUUGUCUAUAGAAGAAGACUCAAGAUUCCAACAAGAUUAUCUCAGACAGUCACGACACUCAGUGACGGAUGGAGAGACCUUAGCAUCCUCUAUUGAUGCAGAGUAUGAUGAUGAAACAGAAGGGUCCCUUGAUGUUGCUUGUGCUGCAGAAGGGAGAAAACCAUUGAAGAUUCCGGACAAAACUAAGCCGGUGACUCCAAGGAGUAGUACGACCACACCACGACCACUAGAUAAACUCAAACAAGUCGCUACGAGGACGUCGACCAUUGCAAAGGUCACGUCAGGUUUGUCUUCACCAAAUAAGAUGUCUUCACCACAUAAAAUGUCUUCACCUAGCAUGAAGAAGACAGGAAGUGCUUCUAAUUUGCUCAAGGCAUCGAAAGAUUCAAAACGGUGGUCAUAGACAAACGUUUUGUCCUUAGGCGGCUAAUUUUUUAUUUUUUUUUCCAAGAAUUUUAGUUUCUACUUCCCUCUCUGAACCCAAUCAAAUGAUGAUCAAUGGUUUCAGUUGAGACUUAAUUUUGUAAAUUUAUUUUGGUAUUUAUAAACACACAUGUUGUUAAUA